GUGAAACUUUUCAAUUCGAUAAUACGAUAUUGUCCGUAAAACGAAUAAUUAUCAAGUGCAUUUAGAGAUUUUUUGUUACGAGGCGACGAUAAACCGCGUGCGGACAGGGAAUUUCACAAAAACGUUUAACAGGAUUUCCAAGGAUAACAAUGAAAAUUAAGAAGCGUUGAAUGCAAAACUGUGAAUUAAUGAGGUUUUUUAAUUGAUUGACAAGAGCACUCGGCUUGAUACUCUGACCUUAAAAUUAUGCACCUAAGAGGGAGAAAUGCCAAUUUAUGUGCAGAUAUUUAUAUCAUUUACCGUUCCACCGGUAUUAAUCUAAUUGUUCGUGUACUUUUAAAUGCGAGAAAUCCUGUCCAGUGAUCGCAAACUUCUUUGAAAAAAAGAUGUAUUUGUUUAACGCUUUUAUUUUUGGUUGUGUUUUGAUAUGUGUCUCUGUGGCUAAACCUUCAACGACUAAGAAACGUGACUAUCAGGCUCAAGACAUCGAUGUGCAGCCGUACGCGAACAAGUUGAUGAGGAUGAAAAGUCCCGAAGAACUGAAAGCUGAAGAAACAAAGGAGUACUGGAAGGAUGUUGCGUUAAAUGCUAUCGCAGAACGACUGGGCCAUCACAUGAACUUUAAUACAGCCAAAAAUGUAAUUCUUUUCCUGGGAGACGGAAUGUCCAUCCCAACUAUAGCUGCCACCAGAGUGUAUUUGGGAGGAGAAGAGAAGUCUUUGUCGUUUGAACAAUUUCCAUACACCGGAUUAUCUAAGACUUACUGUGUAGAUCAUCAGACGGCUGACUCAGCUUGCUCAGCUACAGCGUAUUUGGGAGGCGUUAAAGCGAACUUGGGAACAAUAGGGGUAACGGCUGCAGUUAAGCAAAAAAAUUGCUCAGCUAUGAAUAUGAAGGAAAACCAAGUGGACUCGAUUGCCAGACUGUUUCAGUUGAAAGGAAAGCGAACUGGAGUAGUGACGACAACGAGAGUUACACAUGCAACGCCCGCAGGAAUUUAUGCACACACUUCUGAGCGUGAUUGGGAAUCCGACACUGAUGUUAUGAAUUUCAACGGCGACAUCACCCAAUGUGAAGACAUUGCUCAUCAGCUUAUCUUCGGAAGCACUGGACGAAACUUGAAUGUUAUUUUAGGUGGAGGACGCAAGAACUUUCUUCCCAGAGAAGUGCAAGAUGAAGACGGGAACAGUGGCGAUCGAUCUGACGGAGUAAACCUGAUAGAGGAGUGGAAGAGAUACCGCGAAAGCCAAGGCCAAUUGUACGAAUACGUUUGGAACAGAGAACGACUUUUCAACGUGAAGGAAAACACUGAAUAUUUGUUGGGACUUUUCCAGCCUGAUCACUUGAACUACAAUCUGGAACGAGACCCCCAAACUCAGCCAUCGUUAGAAGAAAUGACUGAAGCAGCUCUUCGCGUUCUGGACAAACCUGGCUCUUCCGGCUAUUUCUUACUUGUCGAAGGGGGUAGAAUCGAUACGGCCCAUCAUUUGAGUUGGGCGCGCAAGGCGCUGGAUGAAACCGCCGAAUUUUCCAAGGCUGUCCAGAAGGCUCUCUCUUUGACAAACCAGCAAGAUACUCUUAUAGUUGUUACGUCUGAUCAUGCACAUACAAUGAGCUAUGCUGGAUAUGCAGCCAGAGGGAGCGACGUUUUUGGAUACGCUGGUACCGCAAGCGAUGAAGACCCUUAUACCAUCCUCAACUACGCCAAUGGGCCUGGUUACAAGCCCUUUAUGGCCACUGGCCAAAGAUAUGUGCCUUCUCUAGAAGAAAUGAAUAAUCUGGAGUUCCAGUGGCCGUCGACUGUUCCCAAGAAGAAGGAAACUCAUGGCGCGGACGAUGUAGCCAUAUUUGCUAAUGGCCCGUGGUCUCACCUGUUUUCUGGAGUGAUGGAGGAAAACGUCAUUCCUUACUUGAUCGGAUUGGCUUCCUGCGUCAGCCCUUAUAUCAAAUGUGAGGACUUACACCCCAAAUUGCCGUGAUUCGGGCUGCGACAGAAGAACUAAGCUGUGAUAAUUUUAACUGACUUACACAUGUGUUACCUAUAAAUAAACCGUUGUUAAAACA